ACUAUGUUACUGUAGUGCCUCUGCGAAGGAAUUGCAGGCGCUCUGGAUUCACACUUUCUGAAAGACUUGCCCCUCACACAAAUGCCAUGGGCGUUGCAGUGACAAGGACACAGAGAGAAGUAUCUAGGAUGUAUUUGUAUAAGCUUGUGACAUCUUGUGACCUUUCUUGGAGCCAAGGCCCUGUCGUCCUGCUGCUUGAAGCAGCAGAUGCCACGAGAGAUUGUCACGAUACAGGUUGGGCAAUGCGGGAAUCAGAUUGGAUGCCGCUUUUGGGAGCUGGCCCUGAGGGAGCACGCCGCCUACAACAGGGCGGCCCGCUUUGACGAUGCCCUCAGCAGCUUCUUCCGGAAUGUGGACAGCCGUCAUGACCCCCCACAGGAGCUGCCUGUGGGGGGUGCCAUCAAGACCCUUAAGGCUCGUGCCGUUCUGGUUGAUAUGGAGGAGGGAGUUGUUAACGAGCUCUUGAAGGGGCCUCUAGCCGACAUCUUCGACUCGAAGCUGCACAUCACCGAUGUCUCAGGCGCAGGGAACAACUGGGCUCACGGACACCAGGUCUACGGUCCUCAGUACCGCGAGAGCAUCUUCGAGAGCAUUCGCAUUGCGGUGGAGCCCUGCGAUUCGUUGCAGAGUUUCUUCCUGCUGCACAGCCUGGGCGGCGGCACGGGGUCCGGCCUGGGGACUUACAUCCUCGAGCAACUGCACGACGAGUACCCGGAAGUGUUUCGAUUCACAACCUCCAUCUUCCCGUCCGCCGAUGACGACGUCGUGACGUCACCGUACAACAGUCUCCUCUCGGUAGCCUCGCUCAGCGAGUUUGCAGACUGCGUGCUCCCAAUCGAGAACCAGGCACUCCAAGACCUUGUCAGCGUGGUCGAUGCAGCCUCCGGGAAGAAGGCCGGGAGCGCCGUGACGGGGACACGUGGCAGCAAGCCAUUCGACAGCAUGAACGGCAUUGCAGCCAACCUGCUGCUCCACCUGACCAGCUCCGUCCGCUUCCAGGGGCCGCUCAACGUGGACCUGAACGAGAUCACGACGAACCUGGUGCCAUACCCGCGCCUCCACUUCCUCAUGUCCAGUAUGGCGCCGAUCGCUGCACCCGCUGACGUUGGCAAGAUGACGCUUGAGCCAAGAGCGCUUGGCCAGGUGUUUACCGAGGUGUUUUCGAGGGAGCGCCAGCUAAUGAAGGCCCACCCGGGGGGGUCAACGUACCUGGCAUGCGCCCUGAUGCUCCGGGGGCAAGGCUGCACAGUUUCCGACAUCACACGCAACGUUGAACGCAUCAAGCCACGUGUCAAAAUGGUCUACUGGAACACGGAAGGCUUCAAAAUCGGUCUCUGCUCCACCCCUCCGGUGGGUCUGCCGUACUCCCUCCUCUGCCUCGCCAACAACUGCUGCAUUGGGCAGUCAAUCGGUGCCAUCAAGGACCGCUUCAUGAAGUUGUACAAAAGGCGCACGUACGUGCACCAUUACACAGAGUACAUGGACCAGGGCGUCUUUGACACCAGCGCAGAACAGCUACACAACCUCGUUUCGGAGUACGCGGCCCUGGACGUGGCGGUCCCGCCGCCCAGCCAAUCUCAGUUCACCAAUUCCAACAUUAUGGCAAAGCUUCUGGUGCUGUCCCUCUUGCUGGCGUCAGCGGUUCUUCUGGCAACGAUCCAGAUUGCAGUUGCAGCGGAAGACAAAUGCGAGGAGGAAGGCUUCUUCCCAAAAACCAAUGACUGCGCCCGAUUUUACAGGUGCGUGGACAUAGACGGCACGCUCACAAAAUACGAUUUUCAAUGUGGCCCCGGCACAAUGUACGACCGUGACCUUUGCACCUGUGUUCAUCCGUGGCAGCUCCCCCCGUCGGACCCCUGCUACCACCCCCCCAAGACUUCAAUCUAGGAAAAGUAAGCCAAGCAGCCUUGGACGGAUGGGGUUAGUUUGGGGGUUUAGGGUGGGUACAGGUGCGGACUGGAUGAUUUUGAGGGUUAGGUUUAUAGUGUUAGGUUAGGAGCUUAGUAUAUAACCUAGAGCUUUUUUUUCCCACAUCGAAGAGACAUGCUACCAACCUAUGGCUCAGCAGUAGAUGACGACACUGCCUUGUCAGGUUUAGCAUGGCAAGCGUGGCUGCUACUGGGCACUGGUGCCUUAUUCCCAGACCUCGAGUGUCCGUACAAGAAGUCAAAUCAGGAUGAUCCGCGCUAGAGGAUUAUCAGGAUCCAAGCCAGGCAGUCUUUGGCAGCUGACGUUUGUAAAGAAAUCCCGGUGGCCCAAGUAGAUUGUCAUUGUGUGGAUUUGACUGGACCAACUUUUUGAGCGCCUGACAAUCAACUGCGCCUUCCAAAACAGGGGAUCAGAAGGAACAAAUCGCAUCAGCCUAUGAACUUACACUACCUGUCGGAUGUUGUCCCUUGGGUCAGUGGGCAUCUGGCAGAUCAUUUUCUCGUUGUGAGCUACUUUGCUAUUUUGAGGCUUGAAUCAGGCAUACAUUGAAUGACCUGAUUGUUAGAAGAAGGCUUUGUGAUGCUUAUGGUCCUUCUUAGGCUGGCUAGUUCUUUAGGCUCUGUGACAGGCUUUUCAUAUGCACAACAUAGAGCGCGCACAGUUCAUUCAUGC